AAGCCGAAAAGCUACGUGGGUCAAAUAUCAGUACAGUCCCGAAUUUUCGAAACCAACUCACGCUGACAUCAAAAUGGCGGGGAUCUGCCACGUAGCAUUAACUUCCGUCAUCAUUUUCAUCACUUUGCUGUCUUUCUCCGAUGUUGCUCUCUCGGGUUCAGAAAAAGAAGGUAAAUAUGGAAAGCUUCUGGUGGUUACUGUAGCAACCAAGGAAACAGAUGCUUUCAGAAGAUACAUGGAUUCCGCCGAGGCGUUCGGAAUCAAUGUCAAGGUGGUAGGCAUGGACCAAGAAUGGAAAGGAGGUGAUAUCGAGCGUGGUCCUGGUGGCGGAUUCAAGAUCAACCUCUUGAGGGAGGCUCUGACCCAGUACAAGGACGAUGAAGAUCUUGUCAUCAUGUUCACAGACAGUUAUGAUGUCCUUUUCCUGGCUGAUGCUGAUGAGAUGCUGAGGAAGUUCAAAGCAUACCAGAUCAAUCUACUCUUCUCGGCUGAGACGUACAUCUGGCCUGAAAAAAGUCUUGCUGAUAAGUAUCCUAAAGUUGAAAAUGGCUACCCGUAUCUUUGCUCUGGACUCUACAUGGGCUACGCUCCCUACAUCUACAAGGCCCUCUCGUACAAACCAAUAGAAGAUAUAGCUGAUGACCAGCUCUUCUUUACAGAACUCUACCUUGCAGAAAGGCAUAAGUGGAAUAUCAAGUUGGAUAAUCCUGCUGUUAUAUUCCAGAAUAUCAAUGGGGCAAGAGCUGAUAUAACGCUGAGGUUUGAAGGGGGAAACAAUCUUCUUCACAACACAAAGUAUAACACAGUACCCUGUGUUCUUCAUGGCAAUGGACCUACCAAGGUGUACUUAAAUCAUCUUGGCAACUACUUACCCAAUAAGUGGACCUUUGAUGGGGGAUGUCAGAACUGUGACCUAGAUACCUUUGACCUCCAAGGAUUACCAGUUGAGGAUUAUCCUUCUGUAGUGAUAGCCAUCUUCGUUGGUGUCCCCACCCCGUUCUUUGCAGAAUUCCUGGACCUCCUUACCAAACUCAACUACCCCAAGAACAAAAUAGACAUCUUUAUUCAUAACAGGGCAAUGUUCCAUUAUCACAUGCUUGAAAAGUUCAGAGAAGAAAAGGGUCCUCUGUACAACAGCAUUAAGAUCAUCCUUCCUGCAGAGAUGUUAGGUGAUGCUAAGGGAAGGAACCGUGGAGUGGAUCAUUGUAUGAGCAUGGAAUGUGAUUAUUAUUUCUCUGUGGAUUCAGAUGUACAGCUCACCAAUCCUGAUGUCCUUAGACUCCUCAUGGAAACCAACAAGCAAAUCGUAGCACCGGUGGUCUCCAAGCAGGGUAAGCUAUGGUCAAACUUCUGGGGUGACCUGAACAGCCAGGGCUACUACGCUCGCUCUGAAGACUACGUAGACCUGGUCAGGAGAAACAGAAGGGGAGUCUGGAAUGUCCCAUACAUCAACAAUGUUUACUUGGCGAAAGGAGAAAUGGUGAAGACCUAUAAACCUAAUUUUGAGAUCGAGGAUCUAGACACAGACAUGGCCAUAUGUAUGGAUCUGAGAAGCAAGGGAAUCUUCUUGUAUGUGGUAAACAUGGAGGACAGUUAUGGUCAUAUCGUUACCUUGGACAACUACGAGACAACUCACCUACAUAACGACAUGUGGGAGCUGUGGAACAACAAGGAGGAUUGGGAAGCCAAAUAUUUAUCUCCUGAUUAUUUUGUAGUCAAGGAGAUGGACAGGAAUAACAUUACUAUGCCAUGCACCGAUGUGUAUACUUUCCCCCUCAUGUCAAGAACAUGGGCCAAAGAGCUGAUAGAAGAAAUGGAGCAUUUUGGGGAGUGGUCAGGCGGUGGAAAUCAGGAUAAAAGAUUAAACGGUGGAUACGAGAACGUGCCUACGCGUGAUAUCCACAUGAAUCAGAUUGGUUUUGAGCAGCAUUGGUUGUAUUUCCUCAGAGAAUAUGUGGUACCGAUCUGCGAAAACGUUUAUCCAGGCUAUUAUUCAAAAGCAUAUGCGAUAAUGAAUUUUGUGGUACGAUACAAACCGGAUGAGCAGGCCUCGUUACGACCUCAUCACGACUCUUCUACCUACACCAUUAACGUAGCACUCAACGAACGGGAAACAGACUAUGAGGUAAGUCCUGUAAUUUAUACAGCACGGCACUGGGGUCUGUUCCACAGAUACCAUUACAAGUUUAAGUUUGGGGAUGGGAUGUAUGGAAGAAGAAAAAAACAUGAGUUGUGACUGUUUCGUGAAUGUGGCCCCAGAUUUUAAAUUGGUACUAUGAUUCUUUCAGUUUUCUUUUGUUUUCUAAUGUUUUUGGAUGACUUGUAGUUAAGUUUGCAUGCAUCGCCCAUACUUUUCAUAAUCAUCCAUGUACAGACUUUUUCUUUUGAUGAUCGAAAAUUAUUUUACCCGACUGCUAUAAAGGGAGCAUGUAUAUGCUCGUAAGUAAGCAACCAGGGGACUGACGGCUUUAAGUCCUGUUUGAGGGACUUGGUAAUGAGGAUUAAUG